GUGUCCACUUGGGGCCGGGCUUUUCAAUUCACGGACGAGGCCUCGACACUGGCCUAUCUGACCAAUCGGGAGUCAUCGCUGGGCGGCUACAGCACUGUUAUCACCCAAUUCUACCCGCGAGACCCGCGCGACGACCCCUUCCCAGUCCUGGUCUACAUCGCUCUGCCCUGCAAUCAGCUAUUCAUGGGCUCCGCGUCUCUGGACGUGAUCGCCAAAGACAUCGCUCUGUCGGCCGGCAUCUGCGGCCCGAAUGUCGAGUAUUUGGCAAAACUGACGGCUUUUAUGCGAAUCCAUUUGCCCGACGAAUCCGACGACCAUUUGUAUCGAUUGGAGGAUUUGGUCCGAAAACAGGUGACCGGUGGCGGACAGGAGUGCGACGAACGGCUCCUCAAGUUGUUUGACGAGGCAAUGGAUGACGAGAUCAACGAUUUGAUGCAAUUGAAGUCCGUAUUGAGUUUGGCUGACGAAGAAUGGCUGGAAGAUAGUGCCAACCAGUCGUCGCCGCUUUCUUCUGGUUCCAGUACUCGCAGCGGA